UCCCUGGAUAUUCAAGUUCUGAUGAAGAUGAAAAAAUGAACAAUGAAGUUUUAUCAAAUCCUGAUGGACAAGGGAAAAAAGCCAAACCAAAAACCAAGUUAGACAAGAUGUUCAAUCGCAAGAAUAUGUCUAUUCUUACAGAUCAUUAUAAAAAAUUGGUAGAUCGAGAAGCAGACAAUGUUAUGAGUUAUGAUGAUGAAUUUAUCACUCUUAAACGUGCUGAUCACGAAUUACCAGAUGAGCUAAAACAACCGGAUCGAGAUGUGUUAUCAAAACGCAAACUUAUGAAAGCCACUUCAAAAAAAUUAAACAUAAAGAACGCGCCUAGAGGCGAAAAACUAAUUUUUGAUGAUUAUGGAAAUCCUCAUCAAGUUUAUGAAUUUCAAGACGAAAAGGAUUUCCUUUCUGCAGGAGACAUAUUAUCUCAAAAGAAUGAAUUUUUGGAGAAAGAAUUUGAAGUCAUGAAGAAAGAAGAUGUUAAAGAUAAGAUUAUUGCAAAAGAUAAAAAACGAGAUAAAAAACUCAAGAAAAAGGCCAAAUUAAUAGAUGAAUUGGAAGAUGAAUUGGAAGAUGAAAAUGUUAUAACUUUAUCAAACGAAUUUGAUGAUAAUGAAUCUAAUAAAAUAGAAGAACCAGAAACUUUAGAAGAUCAAGAAUCUUUAGCUUUAAAAUUAUUGAAUCGUUUAUAA